GCAUCAUUUUCCUCCUCUCAUUCGUGUCCGAGCUGACAAACGUGAUAGUCGAGCAAAAAUUUCGUGAUCGAAGUGCGCGAAGGAACUUUUAAUCUGUGCCGCGAGGCUCUGGAAAAGUGCAAUGAUGUUUCGUGUUGUUUAGGAAAGAAGGAGGAAGCAGAGUAAGCAAAUUGCUGAGCUGGUUGUGGAAGAACAGCUAACUACACUAGUGAGUGGAAUAGAGAUUUGAAGUGUGUGGGGACUGGAUUCUGCAUAGACGAUAAAGUUUAAAGAAAGUGAAAAGGAAAAUUGGCGCUUUAUUGCACAUUGAUUGGAGUUGGAAGCCGGUAGAAGAACAACGAGCAUUGAGCAUAGACAGUGCGUAUAAGAUCUCGUCGAAAUGACCGACUCGUCUGUCGCGAUGGAGGAUGGCUCCGAUCAGGAACUCAGCCGCCACUCCCAUCACCAGCAGCAGUCAGAAUCAGGCGAUAAUCUUCAUGUCGGCAGCAAUCGCCUCCCUAACGGCAUUGUUCCCAUUCUCAGCGAUAGCAACGAAGUGGCCGUCCUACGGGAUGAGAACAGCCGUCUGUUGACCACACUGCUGGAGUACAAAAAGAUGCUGGACACAACCAAGCUCCGUUACGGCACCGUGAAGCGUGAAUUCUACGCAGCCAAGAAACGCUUGAAGCGAAUGGCUGAGAAACUGCAGAACGGUAUUGGGACGAGUUCUGGUCCAACUGCACAUCCGAUUGAUGGCAGUGAGAGUGGUGGAAGUACCCCGAUGCAGCAGCAUCCAACGCAAAAUGCUACGGCUGAUGAUGAAAUUCGCAAAAAAUGGAAGGAACCGAACCUGAAGGCGGCAAUAAAGUUGAAGGCCGCCAUCGGGGUACAGUCCUAUCAGUCGCUGAUUCGCGACGGUGAACUGCAGCUGCCCAGUUUGCGAACCAUUUCGCGCUACGUCGAUGCGUUGAAGAAGGCCGGACUGAAGCCAAACUACGAUUUCAACGUGCGUGACUCGGACACCGUGGGGAACAUGUUUGUGGUCGAGGAGGACGGCGAGGACAGCGGGGACGUGGACCACAACAGCAACCAGCAGGGAAAGACACUGUUGCAGCAGCAGCUGCAACGGCCACAACUAUCGCGGGACGUUUCCGACGCGGAGGACCCCGUUAAUUGCACUGCCAUACCCGACAUUAGCUACUUCCGUGGCAAAAUGGAGCACGACGAUCUGGACGACGAUCUCGAUGAAGACCAAGGCUCCGAACUUUACCACAACGGUGCUGCAGCAGGUGGCCUUGGUGACCUCCCAAACGGGGACAACUAUCCACGUCACCCGAACCAGCACACCUACCAGCAGCAAACGCUUACCGUGGCCCACAUCGAGUUCCUCAAGUCGAUGACCGGCUUCCGGAAGAAGUGGACCCCGUUCGAGCUGCGCACCUGUAUGGACAUCCGGCGAAUCAUCGGCAGCAAGGAGUACGAUUCGCUGCGGAAGAACGACGGUAUGCCACUGCCCAGCGCCAAGACGCUUCGAAAGUACAAACACACGGUCCAUCUGGACGGAGUAGACGUGAUGAGCCGCAAGAGAAGCUACCGGGAGAUGGUCGAAGGUCUAGUCACCAAUGGGCACGAACCGGGCGCUGUGAACGGCGGGAUGUCCGGUUAUGGCGACGACGUGGACGAUAUCCUGAACGCGGAAGAACCGGACGGGUACUUUGACAUCAACAACCUGAGCGAGGAACAGAUUGACUUUUUGCAGUCGCUAUCGGGCAACACAAAGGGUUUCUCCGACUACGAGCUGCAGAAAACCUUGGAGCUCAAGAACGAACUGGGCGGCAGCAACUACGAAAUCCUCCGGAAACAAGAAUGCCUUCACAUUCCAACGCUGGUGAUGCUGAAAAAGUACGAACACGACAACGGCCUGGAAGAUUUGUCGGCGAUGGUGGCCGCGGACGUGGACGAUGAUGACGACCAAGAACCAGAGCAAGAACCCGAGCAGGACUACGAUCACGAACUGCAGGUCAUGGAGCGCUUUGCCGGGGACAUGAACGGAACCGGUGAAGAUUCUCACAUGGGUGUCUUCGAGCAUCAUUCCAUCUUCGAUAAGGACGUCGCGGCGUUCGACAUGAGCAAAUUGUCCCAGCAGCACGUCGAAUUCCUCAACACACUGCCCGAGAAUCCGAAACGGUGGACGCAGCACAUGAUAAACUCUGCGCUCAGCAUCAAGAACGAAAUCGGCACCCGCGAUUACGAGCUUCUUCGAAGGCAGGGCAUUCCCCUACCGGCAGCGCGGACACUUCGCCGACACAAAGACAUCCGGAGUCGAUUGAAGGAGGAGUAUUCGGACGUGGUUUAAGUGUUAGAGAGCCAGUAGGAUCGUUUACUUUUUAACCCCCUUGUUUUUAGUUAGGUACCUGUAUUAUAGCGUUUAGAUCUGUGCAAAUAGGGUCUCGUUUUGUGUAAAUAGUCGUCGCGAGGUCAGUUGUCAGUGUUGAGGAAUAAAUGGCGCCAAAAAUUAUGCGAAAGCAAUGUCAAACUUUACGUUACGGCUAGAGAUAAGGGAUUUUGUUUUUUUCAGUAGAAGAGUUGAAGAAAACUGUUCGAAGGAAGUUCAUGAAAUUAAUUCCAUUUUGAAUAGCACAGUGUGCGGUUUCGUCGUAUCAACCACGAGAGUCUUGUAACAUGUACAUAAGUAACAUGCAUAAAUCUGAUGAGAUGUGUAAAAAUACUUACGGAGCGAAUGAAAUAAAUUUAUCUAUUUGAAUAUGA